CAAACAACUGAACUUAUGCCAUCUUGCUUUGUAGAUGUUAAAAGAUCAUAUACAAAAAUAAUAAGUGGUUUGCCAUCACCAUUAACUCUUGGAAUUCCUAAAGAAUGGUUUAAGCAUCAGAAAUUUAAUACUACCGAUAAACAUAUCUGUUUUAAUCAUUGUCUACUAGAGGCUUCCAGCACUAUACCUGUCAGCUUAUAUAGUUCUAUUUUUGAUAAAUUUAAGAAAUUUUGUAUAGAAAAUUCAGAAAAGGAAGACAAUCAAUUUAUUUAUAAUAUUUGUCAUACAAUGGUUAAAUAUUAUGAUAAAGAGGAAAAAUGCCAAGAUAAGGCAAAUAAAAUGCUAAAAAAAUAUCUCAGUUAUUUAGUGGAGUUACUUAUGAUUAAACACAAAGAUUCUGAUAGUAAUUUAAAAGAUGCACGUACUGAUGAUACUGUGUUCUUUUCUAAGCACUGUGUGGCUAACUUGAAGUAUAAAAGUAAUGACUAUUGCUCCAAUAUUUCUCCUUAUUUAGAAAAUUGUAACUAUUAUUUAGUUUUAUACAACAAACAAGCAAAUAGUAGCUCAAAUAUCUCUUCAUCUUAUAUAACUAAUUUUCCAUGCUUUUUAGUUACAAUUGUAGGUAUUGUAAUUUUAGCUUGA